AGAGAGAGAGAGAGAGAGAGAGAGAGAGAGAGCGAAGUGAUGGUAGAGGAAGAGCCGUCGCUCAGAGAGGAAUGAGAACUCGUCGGGGAUGGCGGACAAACCUCUGACACUGUUUGUGAAGCUGUUUGCCGCUGGAUUUUACGGUGUGAGCUCGUUUUUCAUUGUCGUGGUGAACAAAAGUGUCCUCACCAACUACAGGUUCCCUUCUUCAAUAUGUGUCGGAAUUGGACAAAUGUUGGCCACAGUGGUUGUGCUGUGGGUGGGCAAGGCUGCGAGGGUGAUCAGCUUCCCAGACUGUGAUGGGACUAUACCUCGCAAGACGUUUCCUCUACCGCUUCUUUAUGUUGGAAAUCAAAUCACUGGUCUGUUUGGAACCAAACGGCUGAAUCUGCCGAUGUUUACUGUCCUCAGGAGGUUCUCCAUCUUAUUCACAAUGCUGGCUGAAGGAUUUCUGCUCAAGAAGAAAUUCUCCAGGCCAGUCCAGCUGACAGUAUUUACAAUGAUACUCGGGGCGUUUAUAGCCGCAAGUGCCGACUUGUCCUUUGACAUGCAAGGCUACGUGUUCAUUCUCCUGAACGACGUGCUGACUGCAGCCAACGGAGCCUAUGUGAAACAAAAAUUAGACACGAAGGAGUUGGGGAAAUAUGGAUUACUGUAUUAUAAUGCAUUAUUUAUGAUCGUCCCCACUACACUGUUGGCUCAUGUGACUGGAGAGAUGCAGAAGGCAGUGGAAUAUGACGGCUGGUCAGAUAUGUUUUUCCUCACCCUGUUCCUCCUCUCUUGCAUCAUGGGGUUUGUUCUGAUGUAUUCCACUGUGCUUUGCACACAAUACAACUCUGCAUUAACAACUUCGAUCGUGGGCUGCAUCAAGAAUGUCCUGGUGACGUACAUUGGGAUGGUGUUCAGUGGAGACUACAUUUUCUCUUGGACUAACUUCAUAGGUUUGAAUAUCAGUAUUGCGGGCAGCCUGGUGUACUCCUACAUCACCAUCACAGAGGACCAGUCCAACAAAGCGAUUGAAAACACCAAGCUGGACAUCAAGGGCAAGGUGGUUGUAUGACGAAGACACUGGAUUUUAGUCAAUUUUUUUGCCGAUGAACGAGAAAACUCUAUUUUUAGUACAACUUAUAUUUAUGGAGUAUUUUAGUAGCAAAGGCGUGGGAUGAUGUUGUUGGGGAAACUUCUUUCUGUGUUCUUGUGAAAACGGAGCCACACUGUCACCACGGUUUGGUUUUUAGAUGGUGUCUUUCUUUUAAAAUAUUUGUGUUUUGAUACUGUACAUGUGAGCAUUGAGAAGAAGGGAAACAUAUUAUUUAUAUUACAACAUUUUCCGACACAUGGACAAAGGAUGACGUAAUGUUUCCUGAAUACAGAAAUUAACAGCUGGAACUAUGUUAUUUAAGCAUUGGUGUGUACUGACGAAUUGCGGGACUAUUAAGUAAUUGUUAUUUUAAAGGCACAAUCCUUAUUUUCUUAUUGCCUUUUCUGUUUUGCUGUUAACACAAAAUAUAACUUUAGAUUCCUGCUAAGCACAGUGAGACGCACGGACACUGUCAUUAUCUGUUUCAGUCUGUAGUACAUUUGUUUUUGUGGAUACACUGUUAUAAGCUUGUUACAGAUGAACAGUAAUGACAGUGAUCUAACAUCACCCUUCAAUCAACUGAAGGGGAUGGGCAGUGGGCUGUCAGUUCCCAUCAAGGAUUGUGGCUUUAAAUAAAUGUUGCUGCCUCAUUUUGGGAGAUGAUUUAAGAUUGUGGUUUACAUUUUACUCUCUCAGUAUUACAGAAUGUUUGUUGUGGACUCUCCAUGGCUGUAACUGGUUCUCUCUAUGCAGAAUUAACAAACAAUAAUUUAAUGGUUUGUUGUUUGUACAAGGGGAUCCAUUUGUUCUUUUUUUUCUUGACACAAUGCUAUCGCACUUUUAACCGAGGUAGCGCCUGCAAAAAGGUGAAACUGAAUUGCCUCACCUCCUGUUACAUUCAUUGUUGAGAUUGAGAUUAUGGUAUUCUUCUGAAAUGUACGUUUCAGGUUUUUUUUAAGUAUUACAAGAGAUACCUGUUUUUCUAAACAUUUUAAUAGUCAGGUACGAGGUUUUUUUUUUUUUACACUUUUAUCUACAUUAUUUUAUAUUUAUUACUUUUUUUUUUUAGACUAUUAUCCAUAUUGUUGGAGUGGCUUGUAAAUUGUUGAUGCUGUUCUCGUCUCAAACACAGUAACCAUGGAUUUGUAGCUGAAACACAAUGAUGUAUUUUUGCAUUAAAAAACCUGUUGACAUGA